AAGAGGUCUCUUUUUGAGUACCGGGAUCGAAAAGUUAUAUAUACAGGGUAAGCUGGCUACUAUACUGAAGUGAAGAUAUACAUAUGGCUCACUGGAGGGCUGAGGGCUGUAGCCAACUGCCAAUACAACUUGCCAGCCAUGUAGUUCUGCAAAUCUUUCUAAUGCCUGAUUUCAUAGAAGUCAGCUGGAUUCUCAUAUCUGUUCUUGCAUUCAGUCUGUUGGAAUUUAUUGUUUUGAAUGAAUCAAAAGAACAAAACUUAGCUUCACACAGCCUUUACGCUACGGAAAGAAAAUCUGGAAAUGUUUGAAGCAGUUGGUUUUUUAGCUAUGAAACUUGGUGUGAUUCCUUCAGAUUUUAGUUAUGCAGGCCUUAAAGACAAGAAAGCUGUCACCUAUCAAGCAAUGGUUGUUAGAAAAGUGACUCCAGAGAGGUUGAAAAAUAUUGAAAAAGAAAUUGAAAAGAAAAGAAUGAAUGUGUUUAAUAUUCGAUCUAUAGAUGAUUCCCUUAGACUUGGUCAGCUCAAAGGAAAUCACUUUGAUAUUGUCAUCAGAAAUUUAAAAAACCAGAUAAAUGACUCUGCAAACCUGAAAGACAGAAUUUUAGAGGCAAUAGAAAAUGUUAAGAAUAAAGGGUUUGUAAAUUACUAUGGACCGCAGAGAUUUGGGAUGGGAAGGAACGUUCACACUGACCAGAUUGGACUGGCUUUGCUGAAGAGUGAAAUGGUGGAGGCUGUAAAAUUAUUUCUUACACCAGAAGAUUUGGAUGAUCCUGUAAACAGAGCAAAGAAAUAUUUUCUUCAAACUGAGGAUGCUAAAGGCACACUUUCAUUGAUGCCUGAAUUCAAAGUUCGAGAGAGAGCAUUGUUGGAGUCACUGCAUCGCUUUGGCAUGACGGAGGAGGGUUGUAUCCAGGCGUGGUUCUCUUUUCCCCAUUCUAUGCGCAUAUUCUACGUUCAUGCAUAUAGCAGUAAAAUUUGGAAUGAGGCAGUAUCCUACAGACUUGGAACCUAUGGGUCAAGAGUAGUAGAGGGUGAUUUGGUCUGUUUGGGUGAAGAUGUUGACGAUGAACAUUUCCCAAAUAAUAAAGUUCAUCUAGUAACUGAAGAAGAGGAAUCAGCUAACACAUAUGCAAUACAUCAGGUGGUUCUUCCAGUGCUUGGAUACAAUAUUCAAUACCCGAAGAACAAAGUAGGGCAGUGGUACCAGGAAAUACUUAGCAGAGAUGGACUACAGACAUGUAGGUUUAAAGUACCUACUCUGAAACUGAAUGUUCCAGGAUGCUAUAGACAGAUAUUGAAAUGUCCCCACAAUGUCUCAUACCAACUAAAGGAAGAACAUGAUACUGAUGUCAAAAUGGAAGGUUCCCACAUUGAUGAAGCAACUUUAUCUCUUUUGAUCUCUUUUGAUCUUGAUGCUUCGUGUUAUGCUACGGUCUGUCUGAGGGAGAUAAUGAAGCAUGACUUUUAGAACCAUUAGCCUUGAUCUAAUCAUAUCUGUCAUUCUUUAGAAGAGAGGGAGCUAAAAUUUCUGGAGCAUCUACCAUUUACCAGGAGCUUUAUAAUUGUUAUCUCCUGUAAUUACAAAACAUCCUGAGGAAUUAGGAAUUUGCUGCUGAUGUUCCAGAGGACAUAGAGCUAGUAAGUGGCAGCGUUUGAAUUUAAGACUGCAAAGCUUAUGUUCUUUCUAUGAUCUAAUGUUUCAGUGACCUUUAUUCUGUGCUAUAAAGUUUACAAUCUUUCUGGACUAUUCAGAGCAUAUAAUACUGCAAGUUAACAUGUAAAAAAAACAUGUUUGGAGUAAUGUUGAUAUCCUCUACUUGCUUAGAAUGUAGAUGAAACUAGAUUUUAAUGAAAGCGUAUGGUUAGAGAGAAAGGUAAAUGAAGCAUUUUGUUAAUUAUUAUUGUCAUUCUCCUUUUUUGAAAUCAUUUAUCAGAAUAAUACAUUAGGGAAAUAUAAUUUCUAUUAUGGUAGCUACCCCGGGGUAAUUUACCUCUUUAUGAGAUAAAUAAUCUUCGGUGAAGAUUGAAAUAAAUUUUUUCAUACAAUUUCCUUAUCUCGAUAUACAUUGACCCUCUUGGCUUUCUGUGAUUCUUUUCUCUGUCAUCAAAAACAAAUUUUAGAGUCAGACAGAUCUGGGCUCAGACUCCAGCUCUGACACUUACAAGUCACUUUGAGUAUCUUGUUGACUCUUUUUGAGACUUACUAAAGAAUCAGGACAGCACAACCUCGUAAGCAACAAGUAAUAGAAUUGUCUCCACCUUUUAUGUUGCUAGAGGAAGAAAACAUUUUGCCUAUUUGAAAAUUGAAAUAUUUAACUAUCCCACGUCGUAAACCAUCCUUAACCACUUAUAUAUAUCAGUUAAAUUUGGGGUGGUGGUGGUAUAUAUUGGUUUCGAAGGUCUAGCAUCCUUUCAUUGCUGGUAGUAUAAUAUGGUGACAUUUAAAAAGCAGUAUAGAGCAUUGUAUGUCAGUAUUUGGCACUUUUAUAUACUUAAGUCAGUGAAACUAUUUUGGGUAUAGUAGCAUAAGGAAAUUAAAUUCAAAAGAAGGAAAAAAGUUACAUGCAACACAAAACUUGCUCAUUAUAACAUUUUUAUACAGAGUGAAAGAAAUUAUAGUUUGAAAGUCCAGCAUUAGAUAACAAAAUAAAAUGAGAUGUAUCAACUUGAUGGUAAAACAUGUAGUUAUUAAAAAUUAUUUUAAAUGAUGAUAAAGGUUUUACGUAUGUGAAAAAAAUGUUGCCCCUCAAAACCAGAAGAUAGACAUUACAAAUGCAGUAUAAACACUGAAUGCAGCUCUUUCAAAGAGAGGCACUUUAGCAUAGCAACUAAAAGCACAGUUAGUGGGGACAAACUCCCCCAGUUUGAACCUUGGCUCUGCCAGGUAGCAUGUGGCCUUGGACAAGUUGUUUAAGCUUUGUGUGCUUUGGUUUCAACAUCUAUAAAACGAGAAUGGCAGUGUACCUCCCUCAUAGGAUUAUUGUGAAUUCAUAUAUGUUCAUAUAUGUAAAGUGAGUCCAUACCAAGUUCACAUAUGUAAAGCACCUUGGAAAAAUACCUGGCACUUAGUUAUUGUUAAAUAAGUAUCCACAGAUUCAAGUUUGGAAAGGAAGAGAAAAACACGAAAAUAAGUGUCUUUUUUGUCAUUACAUAUAUUAUCUUUUUAAACGGUGUGUUUUCAGUAUUUUUUUUUUUAAAGUUUAUUUAUUUUGAGAGAGUGGGUGAGGGGCAGAGAGAGAGAAUCCCAAGCAGACUCCGUGCUGUCAGCGCAAAGCCGGAUGUGGGGUUUGAACUCAUGAACCAUGAGGUCACAACCUGAGCUGAAGUUGGAUGCCUAACCGACAGAGCCACCCAGGUGCUGUUGUCAUUAUAUAUUUUAAUAAUAAACAGAUCUCAGAACACAAAAAUUGGAGGUUGUAGUACCAUUUUCUUUUUAAUUCAUUAAUUUUUUAAAAUUUUAUUUUAGAAAGAGUGGGAACAAGGGAGAGGGGCAGAGGGAGAGAGAGAGAGCAUUCUAAGCGGGCUCCACACAAACAGAGCUUGAUCCCACGACGUUGGGAUCAUGACCUGAGCUGAAAUCAAGAGCCAGAUGCUCAACCGACUGAGCCACCCAGGCGCUCCUAUCAUUGGUUUUUUUAAAAAUUACCUUUAUCAUUUUAAUAUUUAUUGAAAAUAAAAUGCUAUAUUAAGUGUAAAAAAUUUAGAAAAAAUGUUUCAUCUCAUGAUAAAUUAUAUCCCACAAAUGUAAUCAGAAAAUGAAUUAUGCAAAUUGUGACACUCUAGGUGUCUUAUAUGUUGAAUUGCAAUUAGAAGAUACGAAAGCAUUAAGAUGUGCCAUCAUUGAUAUUAUUUUCUUUGCCUGUAGAUGGCACUAUAAUUUUAGAUAUCUUCUUUAUUUAUUUUAUUUAUUUUAUUUAUUUAUUUAAUACUUUGGCCAUAUGUAAAGAAAGAAUCACUGAACUUAUUUCAAGUCACGAUAAAAUGUAUUCAGAUACUGUUCAUGUAGAAAAUUAUUUUAUAUGCCUGUAAUAUUUGACAUGUGAAUUUUUUUUUCCAUUUAAGGCCUCGAAUGUACUUUGGACCAUAUGCUGACCAGUCACCUAGGUUUUUGCAGUUCUCCUGAGCAUUUCAGGCCUUCAGAAGAAUAAUCUUUGAAUUAGUUUUAAUUUUCUAGGUUGCUCUUGAAACUGAGCAAUAGUGCAUCAGGAUUACUGAGGUGAAACAAAUUGAGGUUUUUGUGGCUUACCCUGAACUGCAAGUCGUAUGCAGCUUUUGAUUCAAGUAACCUUUAUUGAGGGUUUGUUGUGCCAGCACAUUCGCUUUUCUCAUUUUAAUCCAUAGACCCAACCUACAGGUAGGUGGUAUUUUCCCUGAUUUUAAAGAUGGGAAUAGGGGCGCCUGAGUGGUUCAGUCGGUUAAGCAUCCAACUUUGGCUCAGGUCAUGAUCUCAUGGUUCAUGAGUUCGAGCCCCACAUCAGGCCCUGCACUGACAGUGUCGAGCCUGCUUGGGAUUCUCGCUCUCCUUCUCUCUCUGCCCCUCCCCUGCUCUCUGUCUCAAAAAAUAGAAUAAACUAAAACAAACAAUUAAAAAAAGAAGAUGGGAAUAUAUCUGAGUGGUUUACUGACCUAGUUAAGGUCAAACAAGAUAGUGUGUGGUUAAACUUGAUUAUGCUUCAUGGAUCAGUACUGUUUUUAUCUACCUAAUAUUUGCCUUCUGAAAACACGUUUUUUUGGUAAUGACUUUCAUUUCCACCGAUUCAGUAUUACUUGCUCCUGAUUAAUAGACAUACUGGAGCAUGUCUUGAGAGAAACAAGAUUUCUUUUGAGAUUCUGAGACUAAAAUAAAAGUAAAGCAGAUCCUUCAGGAAGUUCCCAAAUCACUUUGGGUUAUUUUCCAGAAUACUUUGGGACUCGUAUCACAAUGAUAGACAAAAUUAUCAUAGGUCAUAUAGGAGGUUAUUUUAGAUGGUACCUGGCACAAUAGUAGUAUUGUUGAAAAAGCAUGGUGAGAGAGUUGCUGCUUUUUUUAGAAAAUCUUCUGAAACACUAACGACAGUGUCUAGCAUCUAGUAAAUUCUCAGUGCCAGCUAGUGUUAUGAUAGUUAAUGUUACAUUACCGUGCCGAUGAAAGUUUUACGGUAGAUUGGUUAAUGACUUCCCCCUUGAGAUCUGAUCUGACUCUGUCUUUGCAUAAAGUAAGUAUAAUUCAGCACACUUUUAGAUUUACUUAUUUUUUUGUAAGCGAAAAACACUUUCUAAAUCUGGGAAUUCAGCAAUUCAUUCAAAUUAAGAUAUUUAAGAAUUAUCUAGGUCAGUGUUUUCAAUAUUUCCCACCUGGGAACUACCUUAGGAGACCAAAAAGAAAGUGAAGCCCCAGGUUAACAGUACAGAGUUUUAACAUAACAUAGGGAUAGGAGAAGAGGCUGCAGGAAGAUGCUGGAGUAAGGAAAAUAGGGCUUUUCAUUUUUUUCUCUAUUUACCUCUGAAGUGUUUGGGUUUUUAAAUAAGAAUGUAUUUGUAUAUUAAUUUUACAGUUAAAAACCUUGACGAAUACGUACAGUUUAGAGAAGGUAAGGUAAGAGAAUUGAUGGACUACAGUUGCAUUAUUUUCAGAAUGGUUCUUCUGAUGGCUUAUGCCAAAAUACUGCCAGAGAGAAAUAUGCAUUAUAUGUUUUAAUGGCACUAAUGACAGUUAAUAUAAAUAGUUUAAAGUUUAGUGCCUGUGAUAUGGAUUUUGCUUUCAGAUUCAGAAAGGUUCUUAGAGAUAGCUUGAUGUCUUAUGGUGUUUAGUCUAUUUUUCCUAAGCCCUUCUGCUUUACCUAUUUUUGAUAGGCUACCAAGCAAUGCCAAAUGCCUGACAUAAUAACCAACAGAUAUUUGAGUGUCCCUAAGUUAAAGGCACUCUGUAAAAUACUAUGGGGAAAGACAAAAUAAGUCAGAUAAUAUCUGUGCCUUUGAGGGAUUAACAGUGUUAUAUCCUUUAAGAUAUUUGAUUUGAAAUGUCAUCUGCAAAAAGAAUAUGUGGACUAAAUGGCAAGGAAAAAAACAAGCAGUGUCUUUCCAUUUCACGUAUGGCUCACUAUACGGCCAAUAAUAUGUUACUUGACCUCUCAGCACCGCAUUCUGAAUCCUUACAUGAUACUUAUAUUAGCAUUUCUAAGCAUUUUGAGAUCUCUUCUUAAAAUAUGCUUUGAACUAUUCAGUCUAAAUGCUGCUUUCUGGAAAGCUACUACUUUAAAGAAUGGGAAAUGGUGUUAAUGGAGUUAAUCUUGUGUAAUUUCAGUGUGGGUUGUCAGGAAUAUCUUUAAGUAAAGAAAAUGACUCUAAUCUUCUUAAGCAAUUCAUUUUCUCAGGCGCUGUGAGGCGGGAGCUAAUUUACUCGGCCUGUGUACAUAGACCCUGUCUGAUUAAAGAAAAUUUUACUCAUGGAAAGAAGUCAGGACAUCCAUGAAAUUAUUUAAAUUUAGAUAUACUGGAAAAUAUUAUAAAAUAGAAGAUAUAUUAAAAUGUCUUUUUCAUUAUCAGUUUCCUUAAAACCCAACUCAGUCACCAAUAUAGAAAUGAAAUCCCUGUUACAAGGAAGAAAUUUAAUUACGGAGUCAAAACAAGAGCUAUUUAGUUGUUUUUAAAGAGAAGAGAUCAAAGAACUGGUCACUCCUUUACUGAGCACGUUCAAGCAGCAGGAUGGGAGUGGGGAGUGGAGAGGGUUAGGGAUUCAAUUCUUUAUGCUUUUAUUCCAAGUCACCCUUUUCUGAUGAGUCUUAGUGACAUUCUCUUAGACUAGUUAGGUCAAGAUUCUGAACUUUUCAUUACAAUAGUGUUUUAAUCUUAGCUGAUUAUUGUUUCCACCCCCACCCCUAGUCGUAAAGGACUAGUGUUCUUUUUAAAAAAAAAGAAGAUGAAGGCUAUUUCUAUAAAAAACAAACAAACAACCUUUAUACGUUUUUUAGGGUUUAGUAAAUGGAUUUCUUUUGCACCUGAUUUUCAAAAGAAAAUUCAUUUACGUUGCAUUUUUUCAAUAAAUAUCUUAAGGUAAAUCUAAUAAUUUUUUUUAUGGUAUGUGAAUAAUAACAAUGCACUUUACCUAUUUAGAAGUGAUUUUAGAAAAAUUGAGAAGCAGUUAUUCUGAAUUCAAAGAGCAUUCUUCCAAGGCAUUGAAAGAGACAUUUUAAUAUCAUAGUGAAGCAUUUGAUGAUUGUGUUUUUCUUAUACGUCUUGUCUCUAGUUUUGAUUAUUGUGAUAUUUUUCUAGCUGGCUGCCUCUCUUCUUCAUUCUAACCAGUCCAUUCUGUACCCUUGUAAAUGUAGAAAUCUGAUCCUGUCAUUGUGUUGUGGCCAUUUAGCAUUUCAGUGGCUUCCCAGUAUCUAUGUUAUAAAAGUCCAAAUCCCUAAACAUAGCAUAUAUAUACCUGCACAGUAUGGCUUUAAAUUGUCUUUCAAGUCUCGUCUUCCACCUGUUCCAUAAAACAUCUUUUUUGUUUGUUUGUUUUUGAGUUUAUUUAUUUAUUUUUGAGAGAGAGAGAGAGAGAGAGAGAGAGAGAG